CAAGGCCGGCUUUACACGACCUAACUUGUCGCGCGACGACAGAGAAAUCUGAGCUCCAUGAGAUUUUCUAUUUGUUACAGAUUCAUGGGUAGGUGAGGCCCUCUACUCUCCCACUAACUGAGAUUGGAUCUAGGGUUUCGAAAGUCCACUCCCGCUUGAAAUUUGUAUCCGAUUGUCGUGUCCGAGCUGGUUUCGUUGACCUAAUCGUUGCAGCCAACGUGUCUUUCCCUUAGGUGCAUCCCCUUUACAAGCUGUCAGUCGACGUAGCUCCAAUUCUAUAGCAUUAAGGCAUUUCGUACUUCUGAGAGUCGCGAUGGAUAGUUGAGGUUGGUUGGUGAAGGAUCCAGUGAAUUUGAGAUGGGAGAUGGCGAGCGGUUCCAGUUGGGAACCUUGGGCGCGCUUAGUCUCUCGGUGGUAUCGUCCGUCUCCAUUGUGAUAUGCAACAAGGCGCUCAUCAGUUCUCUCGGCUUCUCAUUUGCCACUACUUUGACUAGCUGGCAUCUCUUAGUCACAUUCUGUUCGCUUCAUGUGGCAUCAUGGAUGAAGUUUUUUGAACAUAAACCAUUUGAUCGGAAGGUGGUUGUGGGAUUUGGAAUACUUAAUGGAAUCUCUAUUGGUUUACUGAACCUAUGCUUGGGUUUCAACUCAAUUGGCUUCUAUCAGAUGACAAAGCUGGCAAUAAUUCCUUGCACUGUAUUGCUGGAAACUCUUUUCUUUAGGAAGACAUUCAGUAAGAGCAUCCAACUAUCACUUGUUAUUCUCCUCCUGGGUGUUGGCAUUGCGACUGUGACAGAUUUGCAGCUUAAUUUUCUUGGGUCUGUAUUGUCUCUGCUAGCUGUGAUCACAACUUGCAUUGCCCAAAUUAUGACCAAUAACAUCCAGAAGAGGUUUAAGGUUACAUCAACGCAACUUUUAUAUCAGUCUUGCCUCUACCAGGCAUUAACCCUGGUUAGUGCAGGGCCUUUUGUCGAUUGGUUACUCACACAUCAAAAUGUUUUUGCUUUCAAAUACACCCCUCAAGUUGUGAUUUUUGUCGUUUUAUCCUGUCUUAUAUCAGUUUCAGUCAACUUCAGUACAUUCCUUGUGAUUGGAAAGACUUCACCUGUCACCUAUCAGGUGUUGGGUCAUCUAAAAACUUGUCUUGUCUUAGCCUUUGGCUAUGUUCUACUCCACGAUCCAUUCAGCUGGAGAAACAUUUUGGGAAUUUUGAUUGCAUUAAUCGGAAUGAUCUUAUAUUCCUACAACUGUCAUAUUCAUAACCAACAAAAGUUGGUUGAGCCGCCUGUUCUGAUGUCACAGGUAAAGGAAAGCGAUCCUCUAAUCGAUAUAGAAGUUAGUGCUUCUACAAUUAACGCUGUGCCUUUAACUGCAACUGAAUGGAAACCAAAUAAAGACCUGCAAGCAUAAAGUCAAGUCCAUAUUUCCUUGUUUGUCCACAACGCUUUCUGGUGUUCCUCGUCAAUAAAACUUUUUCUCGAGAAGCAUCUUCUUAAGCUCCGAGUUCAACUCAUAAGAUUAGAACAGAAGUAAUAAACUAAGUAUGGGACAAUUCUGUGAAUCGCUGCGCCAAAUACCAGCCAGCUCUGUUUGGAUUUAGAAAAAAAACAAUUUUGAGGUCUAUUAGUUGUGUAUUUUAAUUGAAUGAUGUAAAUUAAUUGUAAUUCUGAAUCUUUAUUCUCCGUCAGGAAGAGAAAGGUGCGGCAAAGCAUCUUCUUCAAGUUGAA